CCCCAGCGCCGGUUGAGCUGGGAGAAGAGCAAAACGGUAGUGACGUCACUGAGUUAGCGCCUCCGCGCGCCGGCAUUGGUUAUCUUCCAGCACAAAAGAGAGCUGGGCCAGAAGGGCCUGGGAAGCCGGAGGAGAAGGAGCUAGGCCGGCCGCUGUCGAGUCUCCUCACUCCCGCCGCUUACCCCCCUGCUGAAGCUCGCCGCCAUGCCGCUCCCUGCCGCCCUUCAGUCCCGCCUCGCCAAGCGAGGGCUCCUCAAGCUGGUGGAACCCGAGCCAGAAGAAGAAAUCAUUGCCGAGGACUAUGACGACGACCCCGUGGACUACGAGGCCACUCGCCUCGAAGGCCUGCCCCCCAACUGGUACAAAGUCUUUGACCCGGUGUGCGGCCUUCCCUACUACUGGAACGUGGAGACGGACCUCGUGUCGUGGCUCAACCCCCACGACCCCAGCUCAGUCAUCACCAAGGCGGCCAAGAAGCUCAAGGGCAGCCUGGAGCCAGAAGAAAAGAUGGACUGCAGCCACGAGAAGCCGGAACGCGGCUACGAGCGGCCCGAGCGCGGCUACGACAAGCCGUCGGAGCGGGGGGGCUACGACAAGCCGUACGAGAAGCUGGAGAGGGACGAGGCCAAGGAGCGGCGCUAUCACCGCCGCGAGGAGCUGGCGCCCUAUGCCAAGAGCAAGAAGGGCAGCCGCAAGGACGAAGAGCUGGACCCCAUGGACCCCAGCACCUAUUCGGAUGCGCCGCGGGGCACGUGGUCCACGGGGCUCCCCAAGAAGAACGAGGCCAAGACGGGCGCGGACACCACGGCGGCCGGCCCCCUGUUCCAGCAGCGACCUUACCCUUCCCCCGGGGCCGUUCUGCGGGCCAACGCGGAGGCCUCCAGAGCCAAGCAGCAGGAUUGAGCCAGCUGGCCAGCCCGACUUCCCAGGGGUCCACCACCUGUGUGUCCGCAAUAGAUAAGACUUUGGGGGGGAGAAAGGGGGAACGAGGGUGCUGGGGGGUGGGUUGGGGAGAGGUAAG